AUGUCGGAUGAUGAAAUUCAGCAGUCGGGAUCAGUCCGAACAAUUCCUCGGAACACUCCCCGUGAUAAAUGCGAUGGCGGCAAUCCUGAGUCCAAUGAAGGUGUAUUAUUACACAAUGCCUCAUAUCAACGAGUGUGCCCUCUCUGUCUGGAGAUGAACAGAAUCCUAUUCAAAACCGAAACAGAAGGCGAGCUUACGAAAAACAUACAGCGAUUGCACGAAAAAAUCAAAAACUUGUGCUUCUCCUUUGUGAAAGCCAAGCUUUUGACGAAGGAGAAGCAACAAAAUUACUAUGCUGAACAACUGAAGGUAUUGCCAUUCAAUUUAGCAGAAACUUUGACGAACGACUCAAAACCGCUAUAUCAAUAUCAAAAACAUUGGUAUUUCAGGAGUCCAAAGAACAAAGACUUCAGAGAGCCAAAGAAAGUA